AUGUGGAUGUGUCAGCUGAAUCUGCGAUGCGAUCAAAAAGACGAUGUCCAUCCCAAACGAAUGGAUCUAGUAUGCCCCAUUUACGCUCAUCGGACGAACAUAUCCGAGUGCUCCAGCUACGUUUAUCUGGGUCGGGAAUUGAACAUGAUGAACGAUCAGACCCCCGAGCUGGGUAGGAGGAGACGAGCGGCUUGGGGAGCGUAUAAGAGCAUCGAGGAUGUAGUGAAGAAGACCAGGAACACCCGACUCCGUGCUCACCUCCUAAACACCACCUUACUUCCCGCUUUGGCGUACGCUUCAGAAACAUGGGCACUUCACAAGCAGGAAGAAAACGCGGUGAGCGUCAUUGAACACGCAGUUGGGAGAGUGAUGCUAGGAGUAUCUCGUUCCACGCAAAUGAGGGACGGGAUUCGAAGUUCUCUCCUAUGUCAGCGAUCGACAAUCAGAGACCCCGCCAAUAAAAGAUGA